UUGAACAUUCAGCCCUUCAACAAAGGAAAUUCCCACGACAAACCACGGAUUAUUUAGCGUCCCUCGACUCGUUUUAACUAUAUUCUGAACAGCCUGCUGAAGUGGUGGAGACGCUUGGACGAAGGCCGCCACAAUGCCUGUUGGAAGCAGGAGGAGACGAACCCAAAAUGAAGAAGACAUCGACGGAGAAGACCAGCGACCCCGCCAGCGCAGAAAUCGAGACCGACCCCCCGGAGAUGACGAGAGAGAAGACACUUGGCAAGAUGAAGGGGACACCAUGGACAUAGAGGCCAGUCCGGAUGAACAGCUAGCCAAAAAGCUCGUUCGCUACGCUCUUGCCUGUGACUUCUCCCGGACACCGAUUCGACGAGACGGGAUUAAAGAGAGAGUUCUCGGAGACCAAGGAAGAGCAUUCAGAAGGGUUCUAGACAUUGCACAAAACUAUCUCCGCCAGAUCUGGGGCAUGGAGUUGCGUGAGCUACCAAUACGCGAGAAACACACGCUCGAGGACAAGCGCAAAGCCGCUCGAUCACAAUCUCAACCCAAAACCAGCACUGGCGUCUACAUCCUCGUAUCCACCCUCCCCGAAGCCUACCGAUCCCCCGCCAUCAUCCCUCCCUCGCGAACCCCCAGCGCCGACGCCGAAGCGGCCUACGUAGCCUUCUACACCAUGGUGAUCACCGUUAUUCUGCUCAACGGAGGCGAGCUCAGCGACGCCAAGCUCCGCCGGUAUUUGCACCGCACGAACGCCGAGGACAAUGUCGGCGCCGAGCCGACGGAAGAAGUCCUCAAGCGGAUGCUGUCGCAUGGCUACGUCACUAAGCAUGUACAGCGCGAUGAAACGAGCCAAGCCCACGACUCGGGAGAGAAUACGACCUGGUACGUGGGCCCCAGGGGGCAGGAAGAGGUCGGGAUCGACGGUGCGGCGGGUAUGAUACGCUCGGUGUGGGGGCAGCAGGAUGAGCGGGGAGGCGAGGAGCUCGAGAAGAAGAUCCGUGCGAGUUUUGGACCUGCGGUCGCUCGGGGGAUGGGGGAAGCGAACGGGGAGGAGGAUGGAUGGGGAGGGGACGAGCCGGCAUGAUCGGAAGCCUUGGGAGGGUGAAAUCCAGGUCGAUUGGGGAAAUGAACCCCUUAGAUCAGAUGCAGAGGAGCAACGGGGCGUGAGCCAACAUGUCUUCUUUUCCGUAAAUGAGCUUCAUCUCUGAUGAACGCGACGAAGGCAGCGGGCACAACGGGAGAGUGCACUUGAAAAGUGCGGUCAUGAUAUACCAUUCAAACCCGCCAAGUAGCCGUACAGGGUGUAACUCUCGCAUCCCUCAAAACGCAAACAGAUUUCGCCUAACGCCGUGUACCUCGCUAUGGUGCCACCCAUCCGAUCCCCGAGUUUGGAUAUCCUACAGUCGUAUAGGCCCGUCGCGUCUGG